AUGCCAAGCGUCGUGGAUCUGGUGCAGGGGCUGCCGCGGGUCGGGGCCUGGUUCCGGGGGCUCCCGCGGGGUCGGGCCGCCGCCUCCAACGCCACCGCCUCGGGGCCCGGGGGCCUGGCCGACAUCCCGGGACCCUCGGGCCCCGCCUUCGCGGCCGAGCUCCUGUUUGGGGGAGGGCUGGGCCGCCUGCACGAGCUGCAGCUGCGGGGCCGUGCGGAGUUCGGGCCGGUGUGGGCCGCCCGGUUCGGGCCGGUGCGGACGGUGCACGUGGCGGCGGCGGCGCUGGUGGAGCAGGUCCUGCGGCAGGAAGGCCCGUGGCCCGAGCGCUGCCGCCUCUCGCCCUGGACCGAGCUGCGCCGCCGGGGGCCCCGGGCCUGCGGGCUGCUCACCGCGGAAGGUCGCGAGUGGGAGGAGCUCCGCAGCCUCCUGGCCCCGCUCCUGCUCCGGCCCGAGGCGGCCUUGGCCUUCGCGGAGCCCCUGGACAGCGUCGUCCGUGACUUGGUGGUGCGGCUCCGGAGGCAGCGGGGCCGGGCCGGGGGCGGGGGCGGGGGCCGGGGCCGGGGCCGGGCCGGGCCGCCCGCCUUGGUCAGCGACGUGGCCGGGGAGCUCUACAAGUUCGGCCUCGAAGCCAUGGCGGCGGUGCUGCUGGGCUCCCGCCUGGGCUGCCUGGAGCCCGCGGGGCCGCCGCCGGCGGACACGGCCGCGUUCAUCCUCGCGGUGGGCUCCGCCCUGGAAGGGGCGCUGCUGGCCAUGGUGGUGCCCCGCCUGCUGCCCGGACCCCGGCGACGGCUGCAGCGGGACUGGGACCGGAUGUUCGGCUUCGCUCAGCGCCACCUGGAGCGUGCAGGGGGCGGCCUGGCCGCUACUCUGCUCCGGGGGCCGCUGCCCCCACAGUCCGUCUUGGGCAGCGUCACGGAGCUGCUGCUGGCCGGAGUGGACACGGUCUCCAACACCCUGUCUUGGACGCUGUACGAGCUGUCUCGCCGGCCCGAGGUCCAGGCCGCCCUCCACGCAGAGAUCGCGUCGGCGCUGCCCGCGGGGCCCCGCGCCCCCUCCUCGGCCGCAGCCCUGGCCCGGCUGCCCCUGCUCAGGGCCGUGGUGAAGGAGGUGCUGAGGCUCUAUCCCGUGGUUCCAGGAAACUCCCGCGUCCCCGACAGAGACAUUCGCGUGGGCCGUUUUGUCAUUCCUCGAAACACGCUGGUCACUCUCUGCCAGUUUGCCACGUCCCGCGACCCUCGGCAUUUUCGGGCCCCGGAUUCCUUCUGGCCGGAGCGCUGGCUGUCGGGGCCCCCGGCCCCGGCCCCGCAUCCCUUCGCCUCCCUGCCCUUCGGCUUCGGCAAGCGCAGCUGCGUGGGGCGGCGCCUGGCAGAGCUGGAGCUACACCUGACCCUGGCCCAGAUCCUGCUUCACUUCGAGGUGCGGCCAGAACCGGACGCUGCCCCCGUAGAGCCCAUGACCCGCACUGUCCUGGUGCCGGCGAGAAGCAUCAACCUGCAGUUUUUGGACCGCUAGGAGAAAGCGGGGCGGGGGGUGGGGGCCCAAAUGGAUAAAAUAAAAUAGAAAUGGGACCUACCGCCGCGCCGCGUCGCACCGCCCUCGCCCCGGGCCGGGGACAACAAGGCCGGAGGCCCCGCUCAGGACCAGAGCCAGAAGAGCCGAGGCAGGCGGGCCGGGAAAGGUGUGUUUGUUGUGGGGUGGGCGGGGGGCGGCGGAAGGAGAGGCUGGGACGCCAGGCCCCGCCUCUCCCGCUUGACUCCUCCCCUUCCCCGGAAUAGGCCUUCACUUUCAGCCCUGCACCUCUGCACAGGUGUAAAUCCUAGCCCCAGUUCUCUGGGGAGCGGGGGAAGGGGGAUCUCCGGCCAGCACAGCCUCUCCCCUUGGGGUCCGGGGCGGGGGGACUCGGCCCCACCCUAUUUCCUCCCUCCCCCACCCCCCCAACACACCGCCACUUUAGCGCUUGCGAGUCCCCACUUCAAAUAGCAUUUAGGGUUUCAUCCCACCCCCUUCCCCCCACAUAGUUUAUCAUUUACCUUUAAACUCAGUUGCUUCUCCUCCCUAUAACUUACUCUACUGUCUGCCUAGCAAACUAGAUUGUACAUUCCUUGAGGGUAGGGACCGUGUCUACUCCUGGACUACUAGCCUGUACGCUCUCUGGUGCACAUUACAGUGUUCUGCACAUAAAAGAUGCUCAGUAAAUACAAGUGAUUGAUUUGA